AGCCAGCUGGGCUGACUGUCCCUGGCCUCUUGCUCUUCUGCUGGCCUUCCUCCUCCUCCUCCUCUUCACCUUCUUCUUCAUGGCGCCCCUCUCCGGAGCCCCCCUCGAGGCCAGGCAAGAGGCCGCCCGGGUCAGGAAGAGCCUGAAGCCCCUGAUGGAGAAGCGGCGCCGGGCCCGGAUCAACGAAAGCCUCAACCAGCUCAAGGCCCUGAUCCUGCCCUUGGUUGGCAAAGAUGGCUCUCGCUAUUCCAAGCUGGAAAAAGCCGACAUCUUAGAGAUGACUGUCCAGUUCCUCCAAGAUCUCCCCGGCCCCUGCGCCUCCAUCUCUGACGCAGCCAACAGUUAUCGCAAAGGCUACGGCGCCUGUGUCUCCCGCCUCACGCUCCUCCUCCCCAAAUACAACCUCUUGAACCCAGAGGCCUGCCAUAGACUCUUGGGGCAUCUCCAGCAGGCCUGCGACCAACACCACCAUUGCCUUCGAGACUCUGCCACCCCCCAGGACUUGUCCCAAACCUGGGGCAGGGGGCGAGCGGCCGGAAACCCACCCACAGCAGUCCAAAGACACUCGUGCCCACCGUCCCCCACAGCUCAGCCGCCAGCCCUGUGGAGACCAUGGUAGGGUCUUGUUUCUCCAUGGCGAAAAGCCCUGCGUGGUGCAUACAGCCUCGUACUACAGAAGGAUCGUUGGUGAGCCCCUGAGAAAGGAUUGCCCAGCAAAGAGGGUGUCCACCAUCCCUCUGCACCAUUUCCAGCACCAGCCUUCCAUUGGCAGAUGGCUUUCUGGUGGCAGAUGACCAACAGCUGGAUGCCUUUUAAGCCUCUGCAUUGGUGGGAUCUGAGCCUUCAUCUCUCCCCUGCAGUCAGGUUACAACUCUUUGUUGCAUCUCUACAUGUCAGCUUUCCUUUCUUUUUUGUUUUUGUAAGGGAAGGGCUAUAGUUUGUGCAUCGAAUGCAGAAGGAGCCAGGUUUGAUGUGGGACAUCUCCAGACAGAAAUCCUGAAAUCCUGGAGAGCUGCUAGCAUUGGGCAGUUUGUUCAAAAAUCACCUUUUCUCCAGCGAAAGCAAAAAAAAAAAAGGUGCUCAAGAAAUGGCGACAUGCAGGAACUCUCUCCCUCUCAAGAAAUCCUCCAAAUAAACUCUGCGUUGUGCAUGUAUGGGAGGGGGUGACGUAUACAUUUCAAUGAAUUCAAAGUCAGCUAUCAGAAACAGACUUGCAAGGAGGGUUGACUAUUUAGUCAAUAGUCAAGCAGCAUCUAGAACUGGAAGGGGAACACUUUCCAAUCUCUGUCUUUGGGGCCAGGAUUUUGUUUUUCCUCCUCCCCUGGGCAUCCUCUACAUGAAAAGAGGGGACCAUGAAGCCCAUCCAGCACCUUGGACUGUUGGUUAGACAUUCUCUUCUGGUCUGUGAUUUGCACAAACCUGGCACAGCGGUGUCCGGACAGCACUUUAAUCCUGUAUAUAUUUGUUAGUAUGCAAUAAAAAUGUUGCGAUCGGUAA